GGGAUCCAUGCCCGCCGCCCCACAGCACCCCCUGCGCUGGGAGGACCGAAUGGCGGGAGCACAGUUUGGGGGAUGUGGCCUUGGUUCUAAACUAAAGCAUCUUGAGGCGUCCUGACCACUUCCUUCCUGAAGGAAACAAACCCAAUCCAGAAAUCGAAACUGAACCAGGCUCUACGCAGAAGGCGCCUGCACCCUCUGGAUCUCUCUGUCAGCAACUGGAUCCUGCCCUGAUCCCCACGCCCACCAUGCCUCCCCCAGAGGAACCCUCCGAAGACCAUGAACACAGCCAAAGCCCCGCGGAGCAAGCCAUAAAGGAGGAAUUUCAGUUUCUGCGCUGCCCGGGCUGCCAGACCCAAGCCAAGUGCCCCAAACUGCUGCCUUGCCUGCACACGCUAUGCUCCGGAUGCCUGGAGGCGCCCGGCCUGCAAUGCCCGAUCUGCCAGGCACCGGGGUCGGCCAAUGCUAAUGCGGAGGCCCUGGAUAACGUGUUCUUCGAGAGCCUGCAGCGGCGCCUGGCGGUGUUCCGGCAGAUUGUGGAUGCGCAGGCUGCGUGCACUCGCUGCAAAGAGUUGGCUGACUUCUGGUGUUUCGAGUGUGAACAGCUCAUGUGUGGCAAGUGCUUUGAUGCACACCAGUGGUACCUCAAACACGAGGCCCGGCCCCUGGCCGAGCUCCGCGACAACUCAGUGCGCGAAUUCCUCGACAGUACUCGCAAGUCCAACAUCUUCUGCUCCAAUACCAACCACCGCACUCCUGCGCAGACUAACAUCUACUGCCGAGGCUGCGCCAAGCCUCUGUGUUGUGAAUGCGCGCUUCUGGACCGCAACCACAGCCAUCUCCAGUGUGAAAUUGGUAAGGAGAUCCAGCAGCUGCAUGAGGAGCUGGGCACCAUGACGCAGGCUCUGGAGGAGCAGGGCAGAACCUUCGACAGUGCCCAUGCACAGAUGCACUCAGCCAUAGGCCAGUUGGAUGACGCACGCUCAGACACUGAGAAGCAGAUCCGCGCACGCGUGCGCCAGGUGAUAGAACACGUGCAGGCUCAGGAGCGCGAGUUGCUCGAGGCGGUGAAUGUGCGCUACCAGCGCGACUACCAGGAAAUAGCUGGCCAGCUGGGCCACCUGGAAGCUGUGCUGCAGCGCAUCCGCACUGGUGGGGCGCUGGUCAAGAGGAUGAAGCUCUACGCCUCCGAACAGGAGGUGCUGGAUAUGCAUGGCUUUCUGCGCAAGGCACUCUGUCGCUUGCGCCAGGAGGAGCCUCAGAAUCACAAAGUCCAGCUGCGCACCAGCGGCUUCGAGGAGUUCAAGUUGUGCCUGCAGGACCUCGUCUCCUUCAUCACCCAGAGGACAGAUGUAGCUGUAGCUGGGAGAGCCAGCCCAGAGGCAGCCAGCACUCACCCAGAGGCAGCCAGCGCUCAGCCAGAGGCAGCCAGCACUCACCCAGAGGCAGCCAGCGCUCAGCCAGAGGCAGCCAGCGCUCACCCAGAGUCAGCCAGCACUCCUGGGAACUCGACUGACCUUGAGCAGCCCAAGGAAGUGCAGAGGGCACAGGCUCAGGCCAUGGAGCUGUCUAAGACCCAACCUGUGGCUAUGGUAAAAUCAGUACCUGGAGCACACCCUGUACCAGUGUAUGCCUUCUCUAUGCAAGGCCCCACGUACAGAGAGGAGGCCUCUCAGACAGUCAGCCCCAUGAAGAGGAAGUGCUGCCACAUAGAUUGCUGCAGAAAGAUUAUCAAGAUGGAGUCCACGGAUGAGAACGAGGACAGGUUGUCGACAAGCUCCCCUGAGCAGCCUAGGCCCAGCACUUCCAAGGCCAUCUCACCUCCCCAUCCGGAUGGGACUUCCAGCACUGAGAGCACCAUCCCUGAAAAAGAGACACCCCUGCCCAACAACAACCAUGUGGCCAGUGAUGCAGGGGAAACAGAGGAGCGAAUCGUAGUGAUCAGCAGCUCAGAGGACUCAGAUGCCGAGAAUCUGCCCUCCCACGAGCUGGACGACAGCAGCAGUGAGUCCAGUAGCAUCCAGCUGGAGGGCCCCAAUUCCCUCAAGGCCUUGGAUGAGAGCCUUGCUGAACCCCACUUAGAAGACAGGACCCUGGUUUUCUUCGACCUCAAGAUUGAUAAUGAAACCCAGAAAAUUAGCCAACUGGCUGCGGUGAACCGGGAAAGCAAGUUCCGUGUGCUCAUCCAGCCCGAGGCCUUCAGCGUCUACUCUAAGGCCGUCUCCCUGGAGUCCGGGCUGCAGCACUUCCUCAGCUUCCUCAACUCCAUGCACCGUCCCCUCUUGGCAUGUCCUAGGCUGUGGGGGCCCGGACUCCCCAUCUUCUUCCAGGCCCUGAACGACAUUAACAAACUGUGGGAAUUCCAGGACGCCAUCUCGGGGUUCUUGGCUGUGUUGCCCCUCAUCCAGGAACGCAUACCCAGCGCCAGCAGCUUCAAACUUAGGAACCUAGCGAAGACCUACCUGGCGAGAAACAUGAGCGAACGGAGUGCCUUGGCUGCUGUGCUGGCCAUGAGAGAUCUGUGCUGCCUCCUUGAGGUCUCCCCAGGUCUGCAGCUGGCCCAGCAUAUCUACUCCUUCAGUAGCUUACAGUGCUUUGCUUCCCUGCAGCCCCUAAUUCAGGCACAGGUCCUGCCCCAGCCUGAGGCCCGCCUGCUGGCCCUCCACAAUGUGAGCUUCCUAGAAUUGCUGACCGCAUACCGCAGCAACCGGCAAGAGGGCUUGAAGAAGUAUGUCCACUAUCUGAGCCUGCAGACCACCCCAUCAUCAGCUUCCACCCAGAUUGCCCAAUUCCUGCAGGCUCUGAGUGCCUACAUGGAUGGACAGUUGGAAGGGCACAUCCCUGCUGGGGCAGAAGGCACUGCUCUUUCUCUCUCUGGCAGAGCUGAAAAUAAGGGAUGCCUGGCCUAGCCGCUCAGCACAGAAGGAGGGCUGUCUCUGAGCCAGGCCCCACCCUUCACUACAUUCCCAGGUCCCCGUCAUUUAGUUCAGAACAGGUGUCCUUUCUCUGGGACCAAACUCAAUUUUCUCUAAAGUCCCUGCAGCGGACAUGAAAGGUACCCCGGGCCUAGAUCUCCCUUUCAGAAGCCAGAACCAGGAAGGGUUGCAUAAAGAAGGCAUGAUUUCUGGGCUCCCAAGGCCCCCAGUCACCACCUACCACUACCAUGGGUGGCCUUGCAGCUCUCCCUGGAUGCUCAAUCCGUGUCCCAAGUGACCUGCUGAUAGCCCACAGACAAUACUUUAAGGUGGUACCAACCGCUAUACCAGCAGCCCCAUGAGCACUCAAAGUGCCUUUCGAACCAAAUCGCCCUCGAGAAUUUGGGUUCUCUCAGCCCCAACUGACCAGAGGCCAACUGCGUUCAGUUCUAUUUUUCUUAAAGUACUUUUGUUCUAAAGGGGCCUUGCAGCAGCAGAAAGUCAGGAACUGUCGAUCCACCCAUGCCCGUUUUUAGUCCUCGGUUCAUCAAGCCACCAGACUCCUCCCUGCACUCAGCCCUUCCAAGGGGCAUCUGUGGAGCACGGGCACCUCAAGCUUGGGAUGGCGAACCCGUGGGCUUUACCGAAGGUCUCCGGAAUCUCUGGAGCAGGGCCUGUAGUGCUAACACGUUCUCUGGGUGGUUCUGCAUGCUCAAUUCUGAGCAUGACUGCUGCCUCAGACCAUCCCCCUAAGGGCAGCAGAGAAAGGCCCUGGCCUUGCACAUUGAGGAUGACUAGGAAAGGGCCAGAACCCCAGUGUUCUCUGAGGUGAGCUGGCUGACCUGCGGUGUUAUCUCAGCCCCCACACAGCCAGCCCUGCCAUCCUGGACUUUCAGGGUCAGACAGCAGGUUCACUGGGACAACAGGUAACUUGGAGCCCAGCUCUCAUUUUGAGCCAUUGGUCCCUGGCCGCAUGGCCAUCGUGGGGGUCAGUUGUUCCCUGCGGUUGUUGUGCUGCUGCUGCUACUGCUGCUGCUGUCCUCCUCACCCUGACCCACUCUUGGUUGCUCCUAUGGUGUUUUCCACGUAGCCCAGAGUGCCCGUGUUUGCAUCUUGAGGCCUCCACUUUCAUAUGGGUGAUGUCUGCGUGCCCACACCUCUGACUCAUCCUGUGGGUGUUCUAAGGCGAUGUUUCCUCAACCUUCCCAAUGCUUUGACCCUUUAAUACUCAGGUUGCGGUGGCCCCCAACCAUAAAAUGAUUUUGUUGCUGCUUCAUAACUGUAAUUUUGCUACUGUCCAUGAACUGUAAUGAAAGCAUCUGAUAUGCGACCCCUAUGAAAGGGUUGUUUGACCCCCAGAUGGGUCAACAGCAGGUUGAGAACUGCUGCUCUAAGGCAUUCUGCAGACGCUCAUUCCUACCACAGUAAGGCUGAACUCUGGAAACUAUGCAUUAGAGCUCUGGUUCUGUGUGGGGAUAAGGGUGGGAGGGGAAAGGAGUUUGAGACCCUCGCCUGGCUGUACUGGCAAGGCAGUGCGGGGCCGUGUCUUAUACCUUGCCCUUGUCCUAUCCCUGAACUAAACAGGGCCCACUGAGUCCCUGCCUCACUAGGUUGCUUGUCUUCAGCUGCUGAUAGCUUAGUGACAGAAGGAAGCCCCGCCCUGUCACUGCUGUCACAGCCUUUAGUAAACAUGUGAAUCCUGAAACCCUAGCUCUUCUCAUCCCUCCUUCCCUAGAGGAGCCUUUGAAGUGCCUUUUUUCCUGAGGACAAAAUGCUCUCCCAGGCAUGGGUGAGCAGGUAAUUGCCCAACUCAGCUUUGGGAAAAGUCUUUCAGAGUCUGGCAGAGCUGAGCAUCUCCUUGUUCAGAGCUAAGGACAUGAAUCCUCUAUUUCAAGUAGGGAAGCCUAGGUGGACUUCCCUCAGGGUGGCUUCCAAAAGGGAGAGGCAUCAACUUCAAGGAUUGCCUCCCAAAGGAGGCACGAACCAGAGACCAGGACCUGCAGGCACUUCGCUGCUGGCCUCCCCCGUUUUCAAGUUUCUAGAGCUGGCAAUAAAAUCCGAUAAAUUGAAAGUGAGGAGCAGCGUAGGAAAUUGGCAAUGUGUGGUCCCUCUGUUGUCUUUGAUAUCCUGGAUGGAGCUUAGCUCACAACUUUCAAAGCUUCAGUGCACAGCAUACUAGGGGAUCAGUUCCUGGGCUGGGUAAGCUGCCAGGCUUGUUCAGCACCAAUGUACUCACUUCCUGUCCCAGAUGCCCAAGUUCCACUUCCAGAGCUUUAGUCUCUCAGCUUGACCUUUCGACCAAAAUAUAUCGAAGUUUAGCUGCGUGUGCCACAUUUUACAUUUUUGUCAAGAUUUACCCACAGACACAGCAACCAACACCUUAUUUGGUCUGGGAGUUGGGAUUCAGUUUUUGGUAGAUUGUGGCCCUGAUCUGGUACUCCUAACUCCCUGGUCCUCAGGCAGCUCCUCUGUAAAGUGAGGUAAUGUAUGUUAUAUUUUUACUUCAUGAGAUCUUUGCUGGAAUUAAAAAGAAGAGUAGUGCAUGUGA